AUGGCAAUUCAAGACAUGCUGAACCGCCGUGUGCGGGCAAGGCCUGCUGACGAGGACUCUUACUCUGAGGCCUCUGACGCCGAGGCUGCCUCCCAGGACGAGCGUGGCCGGGCUUCCGACUCCAACACCGAAGAUAUCGAAUCGCAAGACUCAGAUGAAGGCUCGGAGCAGGACAGCGAAGAAGGAGACGAAGAAGAACUUGCUUCCGAAGAUGAGGACGAGGACGAGGACGAGGACAUCCAAGCCUCACUGAGCAACAUCUCAUUCGGAGCCCUCGCCAAAGCCCAGGCCUCCGUGGGCCCGAAGAAACGCAAAGAAAGAGCCACCAAAGAAAGCACAGAGACCACCGUGUCUCCAAUCGAGGAAAUCCGCGCUCGCAUCCGCGAAGCCCGUGAGCAGAAACAAGAAGGCAAACCAAAAGCAGCCAGCAAAAGCGAGCAAAAGCCCGCCCGCCCCUCCAAGCACGCGCCGAUGGAGAUGUCCUCCAAGUAUGCCGUUUCUCGCAAGCGCACCGUCAUCGAACCGCCCGCCGCCCCCAAAGCGCGAGACCCGCGGUUCGACGCCGCAGUGAUGGGGCACAGUGGCGCGGGGCGGUACUCGGAGGGCACGAGCAAGGCGUAUGCAUUCUUAGAUGAGUAUCGGGCGCAGGAGCUGAAGGAGUUGAAGGAGCAGUACCGGAGGACAAAGAAUGCGCAGCAGAAGGAAGAGCUGAAGAAGCAGAUCCGGUCUGAGACGGACCGGAUGAAGGCGCUGGAGAACAAGAAGCGGGAGCGGGAAAUUAUUUCUGAGCAUAAAAAGCGUGAGAAGCAGCUGCUGCGGGAGGGCAAGAAGAGUACGCCUUACUUCUUGAAGAGGUCUGAUCUCAAGAAGCAGGUUCUGGAGAAGAAGUAUGAGGGCAUGAAGUCGAGGGAUCGGGCAAAGGCGCUGGAAAGACGGCGCAAGAAGAUUGCGUCCAAGGAGAGGAAGGAUAUGCCCAUGGAGCGUCGGGGAACAAGUGACGAUGGGCCUCCGGUCGAUAGGGGCAAGAGGAGACGGCUGGAUUGA